UUAGACCAAUGAUUAAUCCGGUAUUUGCUCCUUGUGGUGGUGAUGGGGAGGUUGAUGGUGGAUUUGUAGGCAUAGGGCAACUAGAAUUAUUAGGUGCAAAAAUGUUUACCCAUGAAAAGCAAUUGACAUCCAAUAAAUAUAUUUUUGGACUGGUUUCAUAUGAUGGUGUUGCAUUAUUGGUAAUGUUGCCUAGAUAUAUUUAA